UUUAAAAUAUUUUUCCAAAAAGAUGCCUAAAUCGAAAAGAGAUAAGAAAAUAUCUCUUACAAAGACAACAAAGAAAGGCCUUAUUUUGAAACAACAAAUCGUGGAAGAUGUUAGAAAUUGCGUUGAGAAAUAUGCUAGGAUAUUUAUUUUAUCCGUACAUAACAUGCGUAAUAAUAAACUUAAAGAUCUACGAUUGGAAUGGAAAGAUAGCCGGUUUUUCUUUGGUAAAAACAAGGUGAUAGCAUUAGCUUUAGGUAAAUUACCAGAAAACGAAGUUGCAAAUGGUCUUCAUAAAUUGUCAUUAGCACUAAGAGGACAGUGUGGAUUGUUAUUUACGAACAGGAAUAAGAAGGAAGUAUUGCAAUGGAUGAAGGAGUAUGAGGAAAUAGACUAUGCUAGAUCUGGUUUUGUUGCACAAGAAACCAUAACGUUACACGAAGGACCAAUGGCAGACUUUUCACAUAGUAUAGAACCUCAUCUAAGACAAUUAGGAAUGCCUACAGCUUUACAGAAAGGUGUAGUGACAUUAAUUAAAGAGUAUACCAUAUGUAAAAAAGGACAAGCAUUAACCCCGGAGCAAGCAAGGAUUUUAAAAUUAAUUGAUAAACCAUUGGCUACAUUUAAAUUAAUACCACUAGGUAUGUAUUCUAAAAAGUAUGGAUACAAACAACUUACAUCUCAAGAUAAUGUCAAGGAAAAUAUAGAGGAACAAAUGGAAAUAGAAGAAGCAUAGUAUAUAUAGAUAGAACGUAUAUAGAAAACUGAAGUUUUUGACUGCAAAGAAAACAUGUGAAAACCUGCAUUUUUGGAAACAACUGAUGUAAAGCAUUAAACAUUAACAUAUUUU